GGCAACAGACCCCUCAUAUCACUCAGAGGUCUCCUCUCUUCCACCCAGCACCUUUACCCUCGCUCCUUUUGCUUCCCGACUGCUCAAACGCCACAAGCCAUGGAUGUCUUCUCCCCGUCCCAGGUCUACUUCGACCGAGUGUGCGCCUCCUCUCCAGACAGCCUGGACUUCGGUCCCAGCGUGGAGCUGGCGGGCUCCGAGGAGGACGAGCACGUCAGGGCUCCCGGAGCCCCCCACCAGCCGGGACACUGCCUCCAGUGGGCCUGCAAGGCCUGCAAACGCAAGUCCAGCUUCGUGGACCGCCGGCGGGCGGCCACCAUGCGCGAGCGCCGGCGGCUGAAGAAGGUCAACCACGCCUUCGAGGCGCUGAGGCGCUGCACCUCGGCCAACCCCAGCCAGCGCCUGCCCAAGGUGGAGAUCCUGCGCAACGCCAUCCAGUACAUCGAGAGCCUGCAGGAGCUGCUGCGGGAGCAGGUGGAGAACUUUUACGGCCUGCCUGGGGAGAGCAGCUCCGAGCCGGGGAGCCCGCUGUCCAGCUGCUCUGAUGGCGUGGCUGGAAGUAACAGUCCAGUGUGGCAACACAUGAAUACAAACUAUAACAGCUAUUCCUACGGGAAGAACGNGAGUAUGAACGACAAAGCAAUAGGCACGUCCAGUUUGGAGUGCCUGUCCAGCAUCGUGGACCGCCUGUCUUCAGUGGAGUCCAGCUGUGGUCCAGCUGCUCUGAGGGACAUGGCCACCUUCUCUCCCGGCAGCUCUGACUCUCAGCCCUGCACGCCCGACAGCCCCGGAACCAGGCCCGUGUACCACGUCCUGUAAAAAGGGGGAAAUCCCACUUUGGUGUGCUGUUUUCCUUCCUUCCUUCCUUUCUUUCUUUUUUAUUUUAUUUUAUUUGCAAAAAAAGGAAGAACCAGUUUUGCGCAAAGCGGACGAAGGCUCAGCAGAAUCCGAGGACCUAAGAGAUUGUAAAUAUGUAUUAUAGCACCCAUUUAUUCUAAACGCCCUUUUAUACCCAAUGAGACAUAUUUAAUAAGGCUGCAUUAUUCAAAUAUCAAGAUAUUUAAACUGUGUUGUAACUUUUAAUGUUCCGGGUUGCUUCAAAAAAAAAAUCUUUUAAAACGAGUUUGCUUUAUUAAAUCAUGUAAUGAAACAUU